AUGGCCCAAAGGCCCCAAGAGUCAUCUCCAGACUCGCGUCAGGCCGCUAGAUUCUUGACUGCAGCAACACUUGGUGUUUUGCUGCUAGGCUUAUCCGGGAUAACCUUAACCGGGACAGUUUUGGCCCUGAUCAUUGCUACUCCGGUGCUAGUUCUGUUCAGCCCGGUUCUGGUCCCGGGUGGGAUAGUUUUGUUCUUGGUCACCACUGGGUUCUUGUUUUCCGGUGGGUGCGGCGUGGCGGCAUUGGUGGCUUUGUCGUGGAUAUAUAAUUAUGCGGCUGGAAAACACCCGCCUGGGGCGGACCAGUUUGAUUAUGCGAGGGCAAGGAUUGCAAGUAAGGCUAGAGAGAUGAAGGAGAGGGCCAAGGAUUAUGGACAGACAGGACAGUAUGCGCAGCAAAAGGGUCAGGAGCCUACUCAGCAGGCGUCUUGAAUGGCUGGCAGUGGUGGUAGUGUGUGGUGGCAAGGUG